CUCACGUCAACAGGGACUACAGUCUGACUCACGUCUUCUAGAACAGCAGUCUGACUCACGUCGUCUAGAGCAACAGUCUGACUCACGUCAACAGGGACUACAGUCUGACUCACGUCUUCUAGAACAGCAGUCUGACUCACGUCUUCUAGAACAGCAGUCUGACUCACGUCGUCUAGAGCAACAGUCUGACUCACGUCGUCUAGAACAACAGUCUGACUCACGUCUUCUAGAACAGCAGUCUGACUCACGUCGUCUAGAGCAACAGUCUGACCCACGUCAACAGGGACUACAGUCUGACUCACGUCAACAGGGACUACAGUCUGAUUCACGUCUUCUAGAGCAGCAGUCUGACUCAUGUCAUCUACAGCAGCAGUCUGACUCACGUCUUCUAGAACAGCAGUCUGACUCACGUCGUCUAGAGCAACAGUCUGACCCACGUCAACAGGGACUACAGUCUGACUCACGUCUUCUAGAGCAGCAGUCUGAUUCAUGUCAACAGGGACUACAGUCCGACUCACGUCAUAUGGGGCUACAGUCUGACACACGUUCUCUAGAGCAUAAGUUCAGCCCGUAUCAGGUUCAUCAUGAGCAUCCUGACGCAAACCCUUUCAGCAGAGAGCAUCUUGGCUUACAGCAAAGCAACCAACAGCAUUCUAAAUCACACCACCAGGACCAACUUCAGGGCAGUUUUUAUGGAGACCAGCAUCAGACUGUUACACCAUUUCAUGAUAAUGAACAAGCUCUCAAUCAAAACCGCUCAUAUUCUCAUUAUUACCCAGAUCAAAGAAAAUAAAUGUCAGAACUUGCCAAAUUUCUAGCCAAAAGCCAGCUGGUGCUAGGCGGAUUGACAAAAUUUGAUGAUCAGCCGGAAAAUUACCUCGGGUGGAAGUCAACGUUCAACAGCUCUGUGGAGGGUCUGGAUCUUUCUGCUCAUGAACAACUUGACUUACUCAUAAAAUGGUUGGGGCCAGAGUCAAGCAAACAAGCACGUCGACUCAAAUCAGUCAAUGUCAGACACCCAUUGGUCGGCCUUAAAAUGAUUUGGUCAAGGCUGGAGGAAAGUUACGGCUCACCUGAAGCCAUCGAGAGUGCUCUGUUUUCUAAAAUAGAAAACUUUCCAAGGAUUUCUAAUAAAGAGAACCACAAGCUCCGUGAGCUUGGUGACCUGCUCUUUGAACUACAAGCAGCCAAAGAGGAUGGAUACCUACCUGGCUUGACAUUCUUGGACACAGCAAGAGGUGUGGGUCCUAUUGUAGACAAGCUGCCCUUUCAUCUGCAGGAAAAGUGGAUGUCUGUAGGUUCCAGAUACAAAGAAGAACAUGGAGUAGCCUUUCCACCUUUCUCCAUUUUUUCUCAGUUCAUACAACGUGAGGCCAAGAGUAGGAACGACCCCAGCUUCAAUACCACAGUCUCUACUACACCUUUGAUAAAGGAAAGACCAGUAGGAAAGCCCAUUUGCAAAUACCCUGUCACAGUGCAUAAAACCAGUGUGUCCAUCGAAAUUGCCAACAAUGCAGAGACAUCAUCAGAAGAUCCUGGAAAAAUAUGCCCCAUACACAAGAAACCUCACGCACUUGGGAAAUGCAAGAGUUUCAGAGCCAUGCUUCUUGAGGAUAGGAAGAAAUUACUUAAAGAAAAUGGCAUAUGUUUUCGCUGUUGUGCCUCAACUUCUCAUCAGGCCAAGAACUGCGAAAUAGUGGUAAAAUGUGCAGAGUGUGAAAGUGAGAGACAUUUAACAGCACUUCAUCCAGGUCGUGCUCCACACCUACCAAAGCCAUCAGGUCCCUAUAAAGAACAUGGCGGGGAGCAGGUAACUUCCUUCGCGCACUUAUCUAACCAAGUCGCACAACCAAUGUGCACACAAGUCUGUGGAGACAGUUUCAGUAGAAAGUCAUGUUCUAAGAUAUGUCUGAUAAAUGUAUACCCAUGUGAUCGUCGUGAAGAAAGUAAGAGAAUGUAUGCCAUUUUGGAUGACCAAAGUAAUGUCUCAUUAGCCAGGACGGAAUUCUUUGAUGUGUUUAACGUUCAGGGAAUGCCAGCACCAUAUGUCUUAAGAACCUGUGCAGGGGUUGUUGAUGUAUCCGGUAAAAGAGCUCAAGGGUUCAUUGUGGAGUCACUCGACGGAAAGACAAGCAUCCCUCUCCCAACUCUUACAGAGUGCAAUCAGCUGCCGAACAAUAGAGAAGAAAUUCCUACUCCUGAAGCCGCAUAUCACCACAGCCACAUGCGGGCCAUAGCUAAUGAACUACCAGCACUUGAUGACAAUGCAGAUAUCCUGUUACUCCUGGGACGGGACAUUCUACAAGUCCACAAAGUCCGGAAACAGUUUAAUGGUCCUUAUGAUGCUCCGUAUGCACAAAAACUGGAUCUUGGAUGGGUCAUUGUAGGUGAUGUGUGCCUUGGUGGUGCACACAAGAAAAAAGAGGUCAGCACUCUGAAAACCUGUAUCCUUGAGAAUGGUCGACCAAGCCAUUUGACACCCUGUGAGAGUCUAGUCAGAGUCAAGGAGAACUUCAACCUGGGCUGCCCACAGGUCACUCCAGACUGGUCUCAUAUGCUAAAUCCAAAGAAUCGUGAAGCAGAGGAACGUUUCGGCCAGACAGUCUUCCAGAGAACUGAGAACGACUAUCAACUUGCACCUUCAUCAGAACCAACUAUUCCCAGACUAGAACUCUGUGCAGCAGUACUGGCAGUAGAGGUUGCAGAGUUUGUCAAAGAAGAAAUAGGGCAGAAGCUGGACAAAGUGACAUUAUAUACUGAUAGCAAAGUUGUCUUAGGAUAUAUCUGCAAUGACUCACGAAGGUUCUAUGUGUAUGUGCACAACAGGGUGCAACGUAUAAGACAGUCAACUUGCCCAAGUCAGUGGAAGUAUGUUGCCACUGACAACAAUCCUGCAGAUCAUGGGACACGGUCUGUUUCUGCAGGUCAACUGCAAAGUGUCAACUGGCUGUCUGGACCAUCGUUUCUCCUGGAGCCUGAGAACUCUACAUCUGACAACAAUCCUCAGUUCGAAGUGGUCGAUCCAGAUUCAGAUGUAGAGAUCCGUCCAAUAGUUACGGCUUGUUCCACCAACGUCUCAGUAAAGGAGCUUGGCACAAAACGUUUUGAACGGUUCUCAUCGUGGAGUUCUCUAACGAAGAGCACAGCUCGUCUCUGUCACAUUGCACAAGGUUUCAGCAAACAAUCAGACAACCCCAGCUGCAGGGGACGGCAUAUCUGCCCAACAGGUCCCACUAUUGCUGAGAUCAAAAAAGCAGAGCAUAUAAUCAUUAAAAGUGUCUUCUCACCAACCUAAAAGAGACAUACACAAGGCCUAUCUCGGACCUUGUGCUUCUCCUGGCUUCUGGGGAGUAACAGGAAAGAGAAGAGAGGAAGUAGCUAAAUGUGGCAUCAUUAAUGACGCCAGACGGGGAGUGUCAUGGAACACAAAUAGGAAUGUAUUAGCAGUUAGAAGGCAGCUUUUAUUUUGAAAUGUACUUUGAAAGAGAUGGCACUUCCUUUGUGGCUAUGACCACUUCCUUAAGUUCCAGGAAGUCCUUUUACACAUGGACACUAAUGCAAUAAGCAUGUAAUGGGAGCACUCACUGCAGAAUCCCCAUCCAUCCUUCGUUCUAAGCCCAAAACGUGGCAUUAUCAUUUCACACUUCUUAUCAUUAAAAUCCCUGCCAAAUACAACACCUGCCUGUUCCUUGGAGGAAUGAUGCUGAGGAGAGUUUAGCUGGCUGUUAAGUUUCAAUAUCCAUACAUUGAAACGAGAACAGUACACUGACAAUCCUGAGCUUCGCCUCCAAUAUUGGGAAACACUGAAACUAUACAGAAGAACACUCAGAACUAAAAGGGAGCAACAUGCGCAGCACCAACUUGAAAUCAUUGAAGAGUCCAUUGACUCAAAUCAUUUCUGGAAGAGAUGGCACUCUUUCAGCAAACCACACAAGGAAGAACUGGCUAUUCAAAAUGGGGACAUUUGGAAAACACACUUUGAAAACCUGUAUAGUAGCGUUACACUGAAUUCGGCCCAAAAUGAUCUCCUCAACAAACUACACAUUCUAGAAUCAGUCGUUAAAGACAACCAGAACCCU